GAUAGCUGUUGUACCACUUCCGCCUCUUGCGCGUGCACGAGUACGCUUCUAGCAGCGAUGAGUGCAGUGAUGCUGAAAGUGUUCAAAGUCAUCCUGAAAAAUACAGUUUAAUCACACGGAUAUGUUAGAGAAAAUAUAAAUCAGUAACGACUCAGCACAUUUUAUACGAAAGAGAUGGCUGUGCAGGGCAGUAUGCUGGUUGCCCUGUUAUGGCUGCUUGUGGCGGUGCCUUGCUGGGCUCAGGAACCAGUGGACUCGGGGGACAGGGAGGCCUUCCUGCCCCAGAGUGUUCUGUCUGACAUGGAGUUCGCAACAGUGAGCUCAUAUCGUGGGCCCGGCAACAACGAUUCCCGUGGCAACAAAGAACUGCCCAUCCUACUGUGGUGGAGCGCAGGCCUGUUCCCCCACUUUCCCGGGGACACGGAGCGCAUCGACUGCGCCCACUCGUCCUGCCUGGUCACACGCAACCGCAAAGUACAGCUGUACCGCCGAACUUCCGCCAUCAUCUUUUACGGCACGGACUUCCGGGCGUACGAAGCCCCCCUGCCCCGACUGCCCCACCAGGCCUGGGCGCUGUUCCACGAGGAGUCUCCCAUGAACAACUACGUCCUGUCCCACGCCCCUGGCAUCCGGCUCUUCAACUACACCGCUACGUUCCGCCGGGAAUCGGACUACCCGCUCACGCUGCAGUGGCUGCCCUCGCUGGAGUACCUGCUGGCCCCGCCCUCGGUCUCGCUGCAGGAGAAGAACCGGUGGCGGCAGGCGGGGCUGGCGCCGGUCCUGUAUAUGCAGUCCCACUGCGACGUCCCUUCUGACCGGGACCGCUACGUCCGCGAGCUCAUGAAGUACAUCGAGGUCGACUCGUAUGGGAAAUGCCUCAACAACAAGCCCCUGCCUGAGCACCUGGAGGACACGGGCACGGCGACGGGAGAGGACAGGCAGUUCAUGAGCUUCGUGGCCCGCUACAAGUUCCACCUGGCCCUGGAGAACGGGCUGUGCCCGGACUACAUGACGGAGAAGCUGUGGCGGCCGCUGCACCAGGGCUGCGUCCCCGUCUACCGCGGCUCGCCCUCCGUCGCCGACUGGCUGCCCAACGACAGCUCCGCCGUCCUCGUCGACGACUUCCCCUCCCCCCGCGAGCUCGCCGAGCACCUCCGGGCGCUGGAUUCCGACGACGCCGAAUACGCCCGCCUCCUGGAGUACAAGGACCCCCGGCGGGUCACCAACGGCCGCCUCCUGGAGGCGCUGAAGAGCCGGGAGUGGGGCGUCAACGACAUGAGCAAGCCCAACUACCUCAACGGCUUCGAGUGCUUCGUGUGCGACCAGGAGAACCGGCGGCUGGCGGCCGAGCGGGCACACCGGCGCGACCCCGGGCAGCACCCACGCCCCCAGCCCAGGAUGGCCAACAACUCUCACAUGGGAUGCCCGCUGCCUGCCCCCGGCUACGGGAUCGUCGAGGACGUUCCUCCCGACGACGGCUGGCUUCAGAUGUGGCCACAGGAUUACUGGCAGAGCCUGGACCAGGCGCAGGGCCUGAAUUCCCUGAUUCAGCACAAUGAAUCCGACCCUGGGUUACUGUGGCACCACAUCCAGGAGCUGGCAGUGAAGAGGGCCGGGGGGCACUGAAGACAUGUGCAUCGUCACCUCAUUCAGACACUCAGCCAGCCCAGGGAGGGCGAAGACAAGUGAGACUCAAGACUGGUGCCAUCACCUGUGUCUGUAGUCAGGUCAGCAGUGUCUGCUGCCAUCAUGUUGGGCACUGCAAAGGGCAUCAGGUUGGAUAGGAUGUUUUUUUGUUGUUUUUUUUAAUAAAAACCUCAAGACACUCUCAGCAAAGCACACAGCCAUAGUCUUUCACUUUCAUUAUUGUCACAGUUUUGACAAUGAUAAACUCAGGAAAAAUAUAUAUAUAUGUGUGUAUAUUUUUUGGGCAGGGCGUGUGCACAGAUGAUCUUGUAUUCCAUCUAUAAAUGUAGUCUUACUCAUUUAGAGUAAGUCUGAAAAGAAACAUGAUCCAUCCAAAAACUAUAAAUACCUUACUAUCAAUAUCUAUAAGCUUGCGGAAUACCAAAGGACUGUUAACAGGAUUAAAGGUGGGUAGUAUAUUUGUAAUGACUGCUUGCAUGGAGUUGUGGUGUUGACUCAAUUCCUAAACUCAAAGUGUGUACAGAUGAGGUGUGUUGGCAGUGAGUUACAUCAACCCAUUUGUACAGAUUGCUGCAUAUUUUUGUACUGUAAUUGCUCAUGUAUACAAUGGUUAAUAUUUAUAUGUGCAUAUUUAAAUCUUGUUCAUAUGAAAGUGGAUUAUUUUAUCAUUUUUGUAAAGUAAAACAAUUAAAAAAUAAAUGUGGAAAAACA